AUGCUUCGUUUUUUACUGCGAAAUAUCACGGUGCUGGUAAUGAUAGUGAGGACGGCUUCAAGCGUGGGCGAGAAGGCGUUCGAAGCGUGCAAGACGUACGGACAGUCGAUGCUGGAAUGCCACAACGUUCUUUUUCCGACGACCAAGGUCAGGGUGCCGAUAGAUCUGCUUCUCUACCCGCACAUGGUUCUUAUAGGCUUCAGGAAGAAGGCAGAGGACGCACCGGCGUGGAAAUGCGGCGGGAGUCUGAUAAGCGAAGAGUGGGUGCUGACAGCAGCGCAUUGCCUUAGCGAUCCCACAUACGGGUCGCCGAGCGUACUGAGAGUCGGCACGGCGACGUUCGAAUUCGACGAGGUGGACGAGCUGGCCCAGGAGAGGGAAAUAGGUGAAAUAAUACCCCACCCUGGCUACGAACCGCCGUCAAAGUACCACGACAUAGCUCUAAUGAGGGCCGCGCCAGCGUUUAUGCUUAACCGGGACAUUAGGAUAGCUUGCUUGCAUUUAGGCGACGACAAUGAGUUCUCGAAACUGACGGCCAUCGGGUUCGGCACUACCAUAUCGGGCGUCGCGACGGGCAGUCAGACCCUGAUGAAAGUCGACGUCGACCUCGUCGACAGUACGGUUUGUAACAGAUCGAUGAGAUACCUCAUAAGGAGGAAGGUCCUGGCCCGCGGAAUAACAGAGGACCAGCUAUGCGCCGGUGAUUACGAGAACGGCGGAAGGGACACGUGCCAGGGUGACUCAGGGGGUCCCCUGCAGGUCAUGAUAGACAGAGUUGACUGCGUUAAUACCUUUCCAUUGCACACGCUCGUCGGGGUGACGUCAUUUGGACGGGACUGCGGAAGGAAGAUGGCGCCGGGUGUAUACACCAGAGUGUCGAGAUACGUAGAAUGGAUUGAGAGUGUUGUGUGGCCAGAU